CGAUGCGGCCGCUGAAGGUUCUGGAAGGGGAUCAGUGUGGAUGGGCAGGCAGGGCCGACACAGCAAGCCGACAUAACCCUGGGGGCGGGUUCAGUUUGCGGCCGGAUGGUGAGAAGCUCCGUGGAACGGAUACUCAACAGUCACUACUUCGGUAAAGAAAGAGGACAGAACUCAACGACGUCGAUCAGGAUGAUAAACGCCCAAGAGAGUAAUAUUCCUUUGUGUGGUACCUCUCAGCAACAAUACUGCAGGCACCUCGGUCCAGGGCCUCUGUGGUGCUCCGAUGCCCCUCACCCAUCAGUGAAGAUCCCGGGUGGGCGAGGGAACGGAAGGGAUCACACUCUUGCAGCUCUCUUGCAUGCGGAUGAGAAGCUAACCGUAACGCAAGAACUACCAGCAAAUGGAAAACAGCAUAUUAUCCUCUUUCAGUACAAGUUGACAGAAUCUAAGAUCUCUAAAUGGAGUGCAGUUUUCUCCAAUAAUAGUCUCUUUCUGGAGAUCCCUGAUGGUAUUUUGGCAGAAGGAAGCAAGGAAGGGUUAACUGUGCUGUUAGAAUUUGCUGAGGAGAAGCUGAAGGUGGAGUACGUAUUUGUCUACUUCUACAAAAACAGAGAAGAUCGAGCUAUUCUUUUGAGGACAUUCAGCUUCAUGGGCUUUGAGAUUGUGAGACCAGGCCAUCCCUCAGUUCCAGCUCGGCCUGGUGUCUUGUUCAUGGUGUACUCCAUUGAUCAGUCAUUAUCUGAGGAGGAGUGACCACAUACUGUGUUUUCUUUUCCUUCCUUUAUGAUGUAGCUCAUUUGGGAGAGGGUAGUCCUUAGUAUAAACGCUGUGUAAUACCCAUAGCUACAGCCUGUAAAAGGUGCAAAUUUUUGUUGUCUUUUGCGUAAGCAAAAUUUGAUCAUCUUGCCUAGAUGUUCUUUAGGCAGCCUGGGCUGAAUUCAGCUUCAUGGAUUGAUACUGAGCAGUAAUUGUCUCAAAUUACAACUUUGUCAAGAUUUUUUUGUCUUUUGUUUCUUGAACUGUGUGACAAUUUGUCAUUGCUGUUUACAGAAAUCAUUGAAAGCCUGUGCAUUCCUUUCACAUACUGUGUUUUUAUGUACCUUCUUGAAAGCUGUUUAAAUAAAAUAUUUCAAAUUUA